ACUGACUGGCACAACCCCUGGGCACUGACUGGUGGCACUGACUGGCAGCACUGCUGGGCUGCACUGGUGGGUGGCACUGGUGGGCAGCACUGGUGGGUGGGCACAGGUGGGUGGCACUGGUGGGCACAGGUGGGUGGGCACAGGUGGGUGGGCACAGGUGGGUGGCACUGCUGGGCACAGGUAGGUGGCACUUCUGGGCACAGGUGUGUGACACUGCAGAGUGGCACAGGUGGGUGCACUGCUGGGCACAGGUGGGUGCACUGCUGGGCACAGGUGGGUGAUCUGCUGGGCACAGGUGGGCGGAACUUGCGGGUGGCACUGCUG